CUAUUCAGAACUGAACCAGCGCUUUGAUAACAAUUAUAAGGUUGAAAACAUGGAAUAUGUUUGACAGUACACUUACGGUAGUUGUGUUUGUUUAGUUUUGGGUUCAAUUAGGGUAACUAGAACAAGGCUACAGAGUUAUUAUGUUUUGUUGUCAAUAUGAAUCCGGAGUGAAGGAAAUGAGGAAAAGGUUUGCACGCCAGUGUCAUUUCAUUGUCAUCAAAUAUCACACAAACAACGAAGAAUGAGCUUUCGAGAAGAAUAAAGUAAGGUUUUUAACAGUAUGUAGUUUCCAAACAUAACUUUCCAAACAGACCAGAUAGUCCUUGGCUGAGCAUGGCGGGUACUCUUCACUCGAUGACAUCCUCGCCUGGCGAGCCGCAUGCUUUAUCCAGUCCUGAAUUGUCGAGGGUAUCGGGGAGUCUUGACGUUCCUUUGGUCGGCUAACGUGUAUUUCUCUCAGUGCCAAACACGGCGGCGUCGGAUAUUGCGUACCAACGAGGAUUGUUGGCUGGCGUUGCGCAACAGCGCCACUUGAUUAACAGCAGCACCCAGGGCAGUCUUCAUCCUGAUCGAGCGUCCAAUCGAGUCCACGUUUUUGUGUGUGUGGCUGACUACACGUACGAGGGAUGCAGCACGCUACGAGCGUCCUCACUCCAUUAGUAUUGUGCGCGAUGGUCGGGCUCCUCUGGUGGCCCAUCGACGCGUCGAUGUUCCGAGGCAGGAUUUCUAUCGUCGAUGGCAAAUGCAACGUGACGGCUCAGGCCAAUACGACAAAACUUUUAAAUGAUGCCGAAUCUCUGUCUAUGGGAACACCACUAUGCGCGAGGAUACAGUGCAAUCUGAAAACAGAAGAAUUCAUCGGAGAGGCGUGCUGGGCGAUCAGCUGUGAUCCGGAAUGCAAACCCGUAGCGAAGAAUCCCCAAGGAGUUUUUCCCGAUUGUUGUCUUUCGGAAUGCGACUGUUGGGAUCCUCAGCUCGUUAUCGAUCCUGUUCCUCAAUGACAAAAGCAGAGCAUCGUGAUGAAUUGGUAUAUCGGCCAGAUUCGGCGUUAAUUUACGGGAACUUUGGUUGAAUGAUUUGAGGCACCCCUCCCCCCUCCCCCAACAAAUGAACCCCGACGAGGAACUCCGAACUAGGGAAGAUCCAAGAGUGAUCAUUCUAACAUAUUGGUGUAUUUCCACUAAUGCAAGAAGUCCAGCUAUAUACCAAAACGGUCACGACAAAUAAAUACUGUCCGUGCGCAUGGCCAACAAAACUUUCUUUAUUCACACGAAUGAAGGAGUAUGUAUUACUGGCGGGACCUAAAACAACUACUCCUGGUCGUUUCUUUCAACCAAACGUUCAGCCCCUGGCUAUGCAUACACAUACACGCACACACAACCACAUCAAUCAAAUCUAGGAAAAAAAAAACGCUAAUACUUUUUUUUUCUAAAUUGAUUUAUUGCAACAGCUUAUUUUUCUUUAUGUGAAGUUUUGAUAAUUCAUGUUAGAGUAAGCCAUGUCCUUCAUCAGAUUGGAUGGAGUUAACAUAACGCUGAAUGGAAUGCAUAUCAUUAAUCUAAGGACUACAUAGAUCCAACAAGGCCAUCAAAAGCUACAAGCGGCCUAUAAUAUAAGGAUCAGUACUGUAAACUGAUACUUAGAUUACAGCUCAUUGACAAUAUCAGUAUACUAAACUGAGUCGGGUUUCCUAGCCUUUGUACGCCAUUUCUCUCUAAACGAAUGCAUUGGAUAUGGAGUAGGCUAUAAAUUCGUUGCUUUCAUGACGCCUGUGGAAUACUUCACUCUUCUGCCUAAGACAUUAUUUGUUAGCUUGAAAAAAAAAGCAGCGAAUAUUAUACAGUUCGUGAAUGUCGAUUUAAUUCGAUUGAUAAGGUUUGUGGUACUUUGUGUUACCUUCUAGAUGUUAUCUAAUAUAAUUUGUCAUAAAGAGAAGCGUCUUUGUUUAGAGUUUUUUUUAUGAAUUUUAUCUUCCGUCGAAAUUCUCUUUGGCACUUACCUUCCGUUUUAGGGAAUUCAGCUGCCCUGAUGACUUAUUAAUUAUAUAGGAUGUAUGCUUUAACAAAGUGAAUCAGGUCACAACCUUGAGCAUGAGCCUCACGGGCAACCUUCUCAUCCAAAGGGGUUCUCUGCACCGUUCUCUGCACUGUGCACAAGUUUCCACAAUCUCAUAGAACUGUUUAAUUGCAACAAAUUUUCGUAGAUGUUAAGUGAUUUUAUCUAACGCAAUCUGUCAUGCAUGAAGAUCAGCAGUCUAUCGGGGCCAGUUACUCAAAAUGUCGUAUUGGAAUGUUUUGUUCUAAUGAAGCUAAAUAGUGAGUUUUCUGAUACUAAUUUACCGUUUACUAUGCCAAUCGGCGGUGGAUUAAAUCAUGCUUGUAUGUAAUUGUGUAAUUUUUGUGAAUGGACAGAGAUACUUGUAUAGCUCUACGCUAUACAAACCGCAAAAGACCAUUUUAUAUGUGCUCGAAUAACUUCUCUGUUUAAGAAAAAGAAAACAGCUAUUACGAGUCAGAGAAUGGAAUUCAAACAAGUUAUUUAUACCCUGCAGGCGAUGUAUGAGAGCUAUUGACAGGAUAAAAGCAGACUGCUCUAUUUCCCGACGGUGGAUAUGUUCAAAUUGUUCGUCAAGUUUUAUCUGUGAUGAGUUGGUGUUGUUCAGUAAUGCAGUUAGGGCGUAGGCGUCUCUGCAUAUACUGUUAUUGUUUCCGCCUAACCAUGGGCACAGGCAACUAGAGUAUCUCAUAGCAACAUAAGCUCGAUUUUCUUGUUGCAACUGUUACUUGAUUUGGUCUAUGGGCUAUGAGCUCCGCUUCCGCGUAUCAGAGGAUUGUUUUAGUAGUUGACGGUACGUGUAGAACUUAGACAUCAGCCAUAAGUCAUAAGUUACCUCAGGCUGUGGUGAUUUAUAAUUCCAUUUAUUUUAAUGUUUUAUCCCGUCUGAACGAGGAAUUCUUUUAGUGUUUACGCCCUUAUGGCUGUCGUCUAAUUUCGUCAGCUAUGAACAGAUUUUAGGCUAUCCAUCGAAGACAGAUCUGAACUCAAGAUGCCAGACUGGCCAGUCUGCAAGCAAAGGAGUUACAGCUCUGUUGUAUUGCUCAUCCGCUACUUCGCUGCACGCUGGGAUCCAGCCGAGCCAUCUAACCUAAUACCUAAUGGCGAUAGCGGGCGUAAAGCCAAAAACAUUCAAAGCCUGUCCUUCGGGCGCCUACAUUUAGGUUAACAGGCAUAUGUAGCUAAUAUACUUCAAAUGAAAGGGACAAUACAAAAAUUAGAGAUAAACAGACACGACUUGAAAAAUAGUCAAUGAUGAUUGAUGGUGUUUUCAUGUUUCCACACGUUUUAUCUUUUACGUGCUAGCCGUUUUGAAAGGCCGCUACCUUGUAUACACACUUGAAAAAAGAAAGUGAGGUUUUUUCUUUGUGGAACGGUCGGUGGCAUGUCAAAGUGGGCACCAACCCAGAAUGGCGGAGCUAUAAGCCAGUCCUUUCGGUUCAUGGACUAGAAUCAAGUCUUUCAUACAACUAUACGAUUUUCUAUAUAAAGGUAAACUUAAUUUAUACAAGAAAGCAGCGAAUUAAAUUUUGUAUAGGCGAUACGAGCAGCAAUCAAUGGUAUCUCAUUUCACAACAAAUAAUUUCAAACAUUUGGCUGAACAAAGCUCAGCCAAUACAAUAUAACGGUCAAUAUACAGGAAUAGAAUUGAAAACGAAAUAGUAUUCGUACACUGGCAAAUAGGCAACCGAAACAAGUGGGACUAACAUGCAGCGUCCUGAUCUCACUACAAGUAAAGGCCGAGA